GUUUUAAAUCAUCUAAAUACUGACAAGGAGGGAAAUACUGCAAUGAUGAGACAUUGGGAAAGUAAAAGGUCAAAGCAAAGUUUAGUAAAAUGGAAAGAUUUAUUAUCUGGUAAAUGGAGAGAACCUGAUGUCUUGCUAACCUCCAGUCGAGGCUAUGCUUGUGUAUUUCCACAGGAUGCAGAAACACCUUUGUGGAUUCCAGACAGAUUAAUACGUCACUACAAUGAGCCCUAUUCAAAGUAGGAAGAACAAAAAGUAUUGGAUCCCUUACCAACCCAAUCAGAUGGACGAAAACGGACUAGUAUUUAAGAUGAAAAAGUUGCGUCUUGCACAAUCAUCCGCAACUCGCAACUCAGACCUGCCGUCUUGGGGACAAGUGAAACGCCUGACUGCCGCUGCUAAACACAUGGUGAACAACUCCAAAAAACCUAAAACCCCAGAGGCUUUGUUUUUUGCAUUGAUUGCUCUCAUUUCCACUCAGUCGUCCUCCGAGUAAUCCUCAGACUAGUCAAGAGAGUAAAAAUUCAAGAAGGC